AUGAGUAGGAAAAAUGCGCCUCCUCAGAAGGAGAUUGUGAAGGGCGCAACAUUGACACCGGCCCAGGAACUGAACGCCGACGUGGACUUAAAGCGGCUUCUGGAACAGUGUGCCGUACUUGGGGAGUUCAUCGCGCCCUUCAGUAAGCGUGUAAAAGUGGAAUAUCAACGCGUGAGGGAUGGUGACCAGCCAAAUAUCCCGUUUGUACCACUAUUUGUUCAUGGCAACAUCUCUCAUAGCGAUCUGAGAGCCCUCUUCAUGGAUAUUCUUCCUAUGUAUCCAUUCCUCCGUGUGAUUCAGUUGCACCACUGCUCAAUAGGUGAUGAUGGCAUUCUCGUUGUUGUGAACUUCAUUCGCACAUACAAACCGAUGGCGGGUAAAAACCCUUUUGGCGUUCAGUGCGUUGAAGUUCCUGGGUGCCAAAUUGGGGCAAACGGUGUGAAACAUAUUGGCACACUUCUCAUGGAGUGCGAGACUCUUAGCCGCUGCGUUCUAGACUUCAAUCCACUGGGUGACGUGGGAACGAAAGCACUUGCAAGUGCCCUUCGAUGGAAUGGGACACUGGGGGAGCUUUCGCUGCAGCACUGUGGCAUUGAAAGUGUGGGCGCUGAAGCUCUCGCCGAGGGCGCCUUGCGAGGCUCUAAUAUCCGUUUCCUUUCCCUUCGAGGUAACGCUAUUGGUCCCGAGGGGAUAAAACACAUUGGUACGGCAUUGGGGUUAAGUAGCUCUAUUGAGUCGAUCGAUGUAGCCGAUACACGAUUUGGGCAUUCUUACGAGGCAGUUCGAGAGUUUUGCUUAGGGAUUGGCAAAAGCAGUACCCUAACAUCGGUAGAUAUGGACUUUAAUAUUAUAACCCCGGAGGCGGCCCCACUCAUUGUUGCCCUUUUGCUUGAGAAUAAGCAAUUAGUAGAAUUUCGAGUUCACGAAAGAAUGGAUUCAAACUAUUUCUGCAUGAUACAGAAUUCACUUGAGCAGAAUGGAAGGGCCAUGAGGAAAAAGAAGAAGCGGGUAAAGGGUUGA